GUUGCCCGGCUCCCGCCGGGACCGCCCCCUCGCGGGGCUCGGGCCCGCCUCCCCGCGCAGGCUGGCCAAGGUGGCCCGGCUGCUCCCUGGCGCCCCCUGGCCCGGCGCCGGCGCCGGAGGUUUCCGGUGAGCGGCAGGAGCCGGUUAUGACGACUCUUCUCCCGAGCGAAGCCAUCUGCUGUUCCUCGGUAGCCCCGGCUCCCCCGGCUCCAGGCCUGUGGAAAUCCAGUCAAGGAAUACAGACGUGGAGGGAGCCCGCUGUUUGGAGCUGAAAGAAAAAGUAGUUCCGCCGCUGGAGAAGAGCACCCACCCAUCCCUGCGGGGCCUAGCGAGAGGACUCAGCCCCGGAAAGGCUUUCUGCCCGCCCCGGGGCUGUGCUUUCGUGCACCAGCAGCCACCUCCACCUAGCUUAUGCAAGUUGUAAAUGCCUGAAGCCUCACAACAGCUUCUGGGUGGUUCUGAGGAUUAAAGAGGUUUGGAGGUUGCUAUGUUAAUGCUGCUUGUCUUUGGAGUAUUACUUCAUGACAUCCCACUGAGUGGCCAAGCUGAGGCUUCCCCCGAGGCUGAUGGCAUUCCAGGUGAACCUCUGUUUAACUAUGCCAGCAUCCGCCUGCCCGAAGAGCACAUUCCCUUCUUUCUGCACAAUAAUGGGCAUAUUGCCACGGUCUGUGAGAAAGACUCGCACUGUCCUUAUAAGAAACACUUAGAAAAUCUAAAGUACUGCUGGGGUUAUGAGAAAUCCUGCAAACCAGAGUUCAGGUUUGGUUAUCCUGUUUGCACCUAUGUCGACAUGGGAUGGACAGACACUCUUGAAUCAGCCCAGGACAUAUUCUGGAAACAAGCUGACUUUGGAUACGCCGGAGAGCGGCUGGAGGAACUGCACGUGCUCUGCCAGCCUAAGGAAGUGAAUGACUCAAGUCUGGUAUGUUCCCGUUAUCUUCAGUAUUGCAGAGCAGCCAAUCUCUAUCUGGAUUUAAGAAACAUCCAGAGAAACCACGACAGAUUUAAGGAAGAUUUUUUCCAGAGUGGCGAAAUUGGAGGACACUGUAAACUUGAUAUUCGUACGUUGAUGUCUGAAGGUCAGCGCAAGAGCCCUCUGCAGUCUUGGUUUGCUGAGCUGCAAAGCUACACGCAGCUCCCCUUCAGACCUAUAGAAGAUGCUAAAUGUGACAUUGUUAUUGAAAAGCCAACCUACUUCAUGAAAUUGGAUGCAGGUGUUAACAUGUAUCACCACUUCUGUGAUUUUAUCAAUCUGUAUAUUACUCAGCAUGUUAAUAAUUCAUUCAGUACCGAUGUGCACAUCGUGAUGUGGGACACCAGCUCCUACGGCUAUGGUGACCUGUUCUCUGACACAUGGAAAGCAUUUACUGAUUAUGAUGUUAUCCAUCUGAAGACCUACGAUUCCAAAAGGGUAUGUUUUAAAGAAGCUGUGUUUUCGUUGCUCCCUCGAAUGCGGUACGGGCUGUUUUAUAACACUCCUCUGAUAUCUGGCUGUCAGAAUACUGGAUUAUUCAGGGCAUUUUCCCAGCAUGUACUCCACAGACUGAACAUCACACAAGAGGGGCCCAAGGAUGGAAAAAUUCGGGUCACCAUUCUUGCACGGAGCACAGAAUACCGGAAAAUACUAAACCAAAAUGAGCUUGUAAAUGCACUGAAAACAGUAUCUACGUUUGAGGUCCAGAUUGUCGAUUACAAGUACAAGCAGCUUGGGUUUUUAGAUCAGCUAAGGAUCACUCAUAACACGGACAUAUUUAUUGGAAUGCAUGGAGCUGGACUUACCCAUUUACUUUUCCUUCCAGACUGGGCUGCUGUGUUUGAACUGUACAACUGUGAAGACGAGCGCUGUUAUUUAGACCUGGCGAGGCUCAGAGGCGUCCACUACAUCACUUGGCGAAGGCAGAACAAAGUCUUUCCUCAAGACAAGGGCCACCACCCAACUCUGGGGGAGCAUCCAAAAUUUACCAACUACUCUUUUGAUGUAGAAGAAUUUAUGUACCUCGUCCUUCAGGCUGCAGACUACGUGUUGCAACACCCAAAGUGGCCAUUUAAGAAAAAACGUGAUGAGCUAUAACUACGUUGAAACUUUUGCAAAAAGGGAGUGUUCAGAUACUCCAUCACCCAGACUCACAGUUAAAUCAGUCAACAACCUGUCAUUUCCUAGCCCCAAAUUACCUUUUCUGUACCAAAACAUGCCUUCAGGAUAUUACUUGUGUAUUUUAUAGUCUUUAACUGUUUCAUGUGAUUUUUGUGUCAUUGCUAUUUAUCCAGAUACUAUUUUUGCACUGAACGUUUUACUUUUUAUGGUUCAAAAAUUGAGCAUGGGCUCGCUGGUGUAAUUGAGCUUUCUUUUUAGGGAUACCAAAGUUUGCAACUUUCUUAGCUUUAGAAUUUGUAAAUGUUUUUGUAGAAUCCCGUGGGAUUGUAACUUCACUUAUUUAUGAUGUCUCCGAGUAAAUUCACAGCAGCUCUUUUAUUUGCCAUAAUCUGUUCAUAACACUCUUUGUGGUAAGAAAGGAAAACUUGUGCGCACGCAUACACACACACACCCACACCCACACAGAGUUGUGAUUCUCAGUACCAAGCUAUAGGACCAUGUUUUGGAUCAAACAGUGUUGUGAACAGAUCUGAUUUACUCUAUUAGUCAGAGUCCAAACUAACUUCCACUGAAUUCUCUGCUGUAUCUUUGUAGAUAUAAAAAGAUGCUCCGUGUUAUCUGCAUCAAGAACCUGAAGAAACCAUGCUGCUGUAUUAAUUUAUACUCACAUAUUUCAUAUGCAAGUCAUGUUUUUGCAAAAUGUAACAACUACCUAUGAUAAAAACACAUUAGAACAUUCUGUGGGACUGUGUACCUGCUAGCCGGUCUCCACCGAGUCUUUUUUAGCUGUGGAGACCAUUAAUACAUCAAACAGUGGUUUCCGUUGCUUAUGUGUUUGUAACUGCAUAUGCCACGUGUGUGCAUCUACCUCUCGAGCAUGGAAAUAGUCCUACCUUUGAGUUCACAAACUUCCAAUUAGCCGCAUGAAGAAAAAUUUUCCCCAUAGAAAAGUAAAGCCAAAAACUUAAGAUACAUGUGCAUGAUCCAAUUCAAAAUGAAAAAGAAACCAUAAGAAAGUGCCAUUGACUAAAAGAAUAUCUAAAAUGCAGUCCCACACUUUGAAUGGGAUUCAUUUCUUUUUGUUGAUGAACUUUCUUUUUAGCGGUAAAAAAACCAUGAGUUUAUUUUACUGCAGAAUGUGAAGUUUACAUUUUAUUAACACUUGAGUAGUCGAAUUCCGAGACUAAGGACUUCUAUUUUUUAAAGUACCUAGAAGCUUCUACAGCAGAGCUAAGAACUUUUUUUUUACAUUUUAGAGGUGUAAAAAUUAAAAAAGGAGAACAUGCAAUGGGAAUGGCCGGAGAAACCUAAAAUAUUUAUUAUCUGGGCCUUUCCAGAAUAAGUUUGCUGACUUCUGCUUUAGAGGAUUAUGAACAGUCUUCUAGAGUUUAGGAAUAUUUAUUAAAAUAUCUAUAAAGAAAAUAGUGGAUCACUGUAGCAAUAGCUUUGAUUUGGGUCUUAAAAUUGUUUGAAAAGAAUUACAACCUAAGUUUUAGAUGGCUGGGAUUACUGCUGCUCUUUGCGCAGAGUGCUAAGUACCCCCGAGAUAAUAUUCCACAUCGAAGGAAUCAUAAAGGCCAUGUUGCACUUUUAGUCAGAGAGGUAUAAACACCUGAAAAAAUUAUCUGAAAAAAAAAUUAUCUUCUUACCCCAUUUUAAGAUGUGUAUGCAAAUAUGAUUCUAUAGAUAGAAUUUCGGAAAUUGAGAAAAAUUUCAUAAUAAAACUAUUAUAUUGAAUACUUUGCAUUUAAAAAGAGAAUACAUUUUAUAUAAACAAGAAAGUACAUUUGACACUUGAUGGAAUUAACUUUUUUCAGAUUUUGUUAUGGGAGCAAAAGAAGAUCUUCAAAUUGUUAUAAAAUUUAAAAUGUAGAGACUGCUCUUUUUUAAAAAGAUGCAUUUCGUUAUAAAUUUGGGGUAUGGCUUUGGAAUAAAUCUUUAUAUUUUAUUUGAAUAGGAGAGCAUUUUGAAGAUUUCUGUGUUUGAGUGUGUAUCUUACUUUUUGGGCAAUCUGGUAGCUCUAGGUUACAAAAUUAAGGAGCUCACUGAUGAAGAAUUCAGUUUAAGCAAAAAUUAUACCUUACGUUUAUUUAGCAGUUUAUUAUAUGAUGCUUUCACAAGCGUUACAUUGCAUAAUCCUUACAAAAAUGAUGUAAGAAUUAGUGUUUCUAUUUUUCAUGUGAAGGAAGUCAGAUGCUG